UCUUCAAGCCUAGUGCCGAUGGCAUUCAUUGAUAUUCGUGGUCGGAAUACGGCAGCGAGCGGUGAGCCUCUCUCUCCUUCUGUGUCUUUCAUUUCAGAGAUGUCCGAAAGCGUCAUCUUUUGUGAACGGUGCCGUUUUGUUCACUGUUGCUUCGCGAACCGUGACACGACACGCUCACGUAAACGCCCAUGCUAAAUUUAUCUCGCGUAUCGAAGCCGCACAAUAUUCUUCUAGUUUACCGUAGCAUCGGGCUAGCCACACGCGCGCGUACAUUGUGCCACGAAACGAAGGAUUCCUUGUGAAAUUAUUAGGCAACCGUCUUAUCGUGAUUUAGGAUAUUGACCCUUUAAAGAACUUGUGAUAUGCUCUUUGAGCACGUGUAAAAGAUUCGACAGAAGUACGUCCAGUCGAACAAUAAUUGACAAUCCAAUGAUGACCUUGGCAGAACGUACAAAACGAAAGUUUUAAAAGAUGCAGCGGGAAAAUGUUGUAUUAAUCACUUUUGAUAGAAUACAUAAACGAUGUCGCUUAAAAGCAUUUUAGUCUAUCUGGGAAAAAAUUGAAAAUUAUAUGUUAUAAUUUUAAGAAUAAUAGAGAAAGUGCGAACAUCUGCCGCUCACUGCGUAAACGAUGUUUAACGUUGAUGAUAAGCCGCGCAUAAGUGAGAGCCUUCCUGUUGAAUCGCAUUUCGUUUGCUCGUGGCUACGUAGCGUAGAAGAAACAACUCGGUAUUGCUUUUCACACAUUUCCCGAUGAGAUGCAAACCAACGCUAACUACCAACACGUACUUAGGCAAAUGUCGAACUUAUACUAUUCGCGCCGAAAGUGGAUUUUUCUGAUCACGCUGAUUUUGUGCGUAGUUCUCAUUGUUCUUGUCACGAAGUAUCCGUUUGUUAAAAAUAAUAUAAUAGUACGCGAUACGUACCUGGACAAUGUACCCGCAGAUUUAUAUCAAACAGUGUUGGACACAUGGUACAACUUUUCCAAUAAUGAAAAAUGGUACAACAAGAAGAAUUUAUCCGCCUUGAGCUCAAAAGCCUUUCAUAAUUUAUUGGCCGAUAUUCAUCAAAAUUGGAUAAUAUGGAAUCAUAAUCCGAAAGAGUCAUAUAUGCUUCAAGAACCAGAUGUAGAAGAUCCGUCGAUGGGACAGUCAACUGCGAUACGCGAAAUUUUAAACGAUAAGAAAAAUGGAUUUUUCAUAGAAUGUGGCGCGUAUGACGGGGAAAUACGUAGCAAUACAUUGUUUCUAGAGCGAUUUAAAGGAUGGUCAGGUCUCUUGAUAGAAGCUGAUCCUAUUAAUUUCACGAAGAUGUUGCAAAAGAACAGAAAGGCCUAUCUCUCGCCAACGUGUCUUAGCAUUACUAAGAAUCCUACGGUGGCAUCCUUUCUCAUGGCCAGGAAUGUAGGUCGUCUACACGAACCCGAGAACAGGACGGAGGAUAUGCCCGCAAAUACGCUUGACGUGGCUUACACGGGCAACCACGUUCGCGUGCAAUGCUUUCCAUUAACACAUUACAUCGCCGCGUUGGAAAUCAAAACGAUCGAUUAUUUCAGCCUCGACAUAGAAGGCAAUGAGAUCGACGUAUUAGAAACAAUACCAUUUAACGAAGUGGACAUAAAGACUCUCUCUGUGGAGUAUAUACACAAUAAAAAAGGACGAAAAUACUUGGUCGAUAUGAUGGAACAUCGGGGGUACUAUGUUUACAGUUUGGUCACGCAUCCGGACAACUUAGCGAAUGAUAUUAUUUUUGUAAAACGCAACACGUGACGGGUGAAUACGAAUAGAUAGAAAUUACGUAUAAAGAGUAAAUAACAAUCUAAUUAUUUUAAUAAUGUCUAAUCUCUUGAUAUUAUUAAAAUAAUUUAAUCUCUUUGAUGUAUUAGUCUAUAUGUAUAAUUAUAACAAUACCAUGUCUUCAUCAAGAAUGAUAUAUCAUGCGAAUAAAUAUUUGGAAUUGGUAAUGAAAACAUUUUUUUGUAUUAUACCAGAUAUUUACAAAAUCAUGUUUUUAUAACUUUAUUUUUUUAGUAUUUUUAUAAUUAUAUUCUAUAUUAAUAAAAUAAAGUGCUUUUUUUUU